UAAUUUCGUUUUUUAAGAUUUCUCAAGAAAAUCUUAACGUUUUUUACUUUCGAUCGAUAGUAGAGCAAUUCCAUUAGAAAAUAAGCAAGAGCGGUUGUAUAAAUAAGUAUUGCGGUGUCAGUGAGCCGGUGUAAUGAGUCAAAGGAUUAAGGUCAUGGCUUAGUAGCUGCCAGCGGCGCGGCCUCAGCGCUAGAGGAGCGGGAGCGGAGCGUGCGGCAGCAACAACAGCGCCGCGAUGAGUGACUUUGGCCCGGCGUCGCGCGCCGCUCGACCCAAUUGGUCGCUCGCCGGUACCCGCCCAGAGGAGGGGGCAACGCACACAAUCUCACACUCACCUAAGAUAAUUUAUUUUAUGUUAUACCGUUUGAAUAUUUUAUAUCUGUGUGAGUUUUUUCGGUCGGUAUGCGUUCAGUGUGAAAUAUUCGCGCGAUAAGAAAGAAGAGGGGAACAGAUCGAUCGGGGACGUUGCGCUUUUUAUUUCGAUACUUGGUUUUGUUAUUGUCAUAGUUUAAUUGUAGAUUGUUAUCCUAUUUGAUCUAGCCACUUGCGCACUUUUACACAGCAAUUUUAUUUGAAAUCUUUCUCAUUAUUCAUAACCUUAAACUUGUAUCGCAGAUUCUUGGUCCUUUAUGUUUUCAUGUUUUUCCUUUGAGUAACAAUUAUGAACUUCUAAGAAGCAUACGAGACUUAUACUUAAGAACCUAACAAGACUUUUAAUGGAAAAUCACGUAAAGAAUAACACAGUUCUUUAUGAAACAACAUGAAAUGUACAAUACUGUGAAGUAUAUGUAUAAUCCAAGUGAACUGGUGUUUUAGGUACGCCUAUAAAUUUGUGUAAGCUGGUACGCAAUACAGACAUAAGUGCAACACAUUCAAAGGACCGUUUAAUGCUGUCACCGCUAAAAUGUUUCCACCGCUAAACCGACCCCACUAAUAUAAGCUAUCGAGUACACAACAGGCCGCAACCGUCGAUUUUACUGACAGGCUUGUAUAGCUACCCAAGUACGUUUCACAUGAAGGGAAAAUAAAAAUUACAAAUGUCGUGGUUACCUUUAAUCAAAUGCAAAGCUAUCAUUAAGUCGAGGCUUCGGCAAACUCGCUCGUCGUGCGCAUCGUCACUGUUAAUUAUCACAAUAUAUAUGUAUAAAAUAAAAUAAAAGAGACCGCUCCGUACCAAUACUAACAUAAAAAAUACGAGAAAAGAAAGAGAAGCUUUAAAAAAGAAAGGAGUGCAUCUACCCCCACCUCCGGUGGCCCCCACCGCGUCGGGCCGCCCCUGUGGCGGGCGCCACCCACCGCACCGCAAAAAUCGAGAGCGUCGACGGCGCGCGGGGUCAAACGGCGACGCGAGCGUGAAAAGAAGGAGCGGUGUGCGAGCGACACGCACACAGCCGCGAGUGUGCGUGUGCGCGCCGAGAGGGACGGCCGACGCGAGAGCGGGACGGCGGCGCCAAUUACUAUCACCUGGCGGGCAGCUACCGCAUUACCCACUGCCGCCGCGCGCGCGACCACGCGCCCGCUGCACCACGCGGCUCGCUCCGCUCCUGUGACGCUCCGCCGUAUCCCGACUCUACCGCAAUCGAUAUUCGCACCGUGCGGACCCGCGGCUCCAGCGUGCACCGUCGCGAGUGCAGCCCGUGCCCGCUCCGACUCCGCUCGGGGGUGCACCGCUACGUCGCCCCGCGUGUCGACCAGUGCCAGCGCGCGACAAACAUGCAACUGUGAAGUGUGUGCGGACAGUGACACAGACCUAACACUAAUCGUGAUAACUUACAAGUUUACUGGCGAGUUACGCACUACGAGAUGACGUCCCAGUUCGCCUUCAGAGGAUCUCCCCCCAAUCAGAGCACCAUCUCGACAGCCUCCAACAGUCCGCCGCCGGCGCAGGCGGGAAUGAGCGCGGGCGCGGGCGGCGCGAGCGGCGCGGCGCGGCCCAGCUCGCCCGCGGCCGCGGCCCCGCGCUGCUGCGACACAGGCCGCCCUAUAUUCCAGGACCCUAUCACCGGCCAGACUGUCUGCUCGUGUCAAUACGAGUUUCUCAACUACCAGAGGCUCGCUUCCGGCGUGCCUCUGUCUAUGUACAGUGCCCCUUACUCAGACGCCGCUGCGGCUACAGCUGCCGGUAUGGCGGCCUAUUUUCCCGCUUUAGCAGCUGAUCAACCGCCCUUUUACAGCAACGCCGCUGCUGGCAUCGAACUGAAAGAAAACCUGGCGGCGAGUGCGGCCACCUGGCCCUACCCGACUGUUUACCAUCCAUACGACGCAGCCUUCGCCGGGUACCCUUUCAACGGGUAUGGAAUGGAUCUAAAUGGAGCACGUAGAAAAAAUGCUACCAGAGAAACUACAAGCACUUUGAAGGCAUGGCUGAACGAACACAAGAAGAACCCAUACCCCACGAAGGGCGAGAAGAUCAUGUUGGCGAUCAUCACGAAGAUGACGCUGACGCAGGUGUCGACGUGGUUCGCGAACGCGCGUCGCCGCCUCAAGAAGGAGAACAAGAUGACGUGGGAGCCGAGGAACAGAGUCGAUGACGACGACAAUAACAAUGACGACGAUGACCAUAAAAGCACCGAUGGAAAAGACGGUCUAGAUGGAAAAGACUCAGGAACGGGCUCUAGCGAAGAUGGAGAUAGACCACAACAGAGAUUGGAUAUGCUUGGUCAAAGAACAGAGUCGGAAUGGUCCGAAUCUCGCGCCGACAGUGGUCCUGAAUCACCUGAGCCUUAUGAAAGGCCCAUUCAUCCAGCUUAUCAGCAUUUACCUUCUCGUGCUCCACCGGGCAGUACCCCAGCUUCAGCUAAACCAAGAAUAUGGUCACUAGCCGAUAUGGCAAGCAAAGAAGGGGAAGCACCGGCUCCGCCGUCCCCGGCAUCUGCUUUCUACCAGUCCGCAGCAGCGGCAGCCGCGGCCCGGCUGGCCCACCCGUACAGCCGGCCGGAGCUGUACCGCGGGCUGUACCCGCCGACCCACCCGGCCGACGUGGCCCUGCUGGAGUACUCGCGGUCGCUGGCGCUGGCCGCACCGGCCCCGGCCCCGCCGGCUCCGUCGCCGUCCUCGUCGUCCACCUCCUCGCUGGCCGAGCCGCCACCUCCUCCCCGCGCCUGACCGCUGGCCCCCCGCCCGCCGCUGGCGCAUCGACAAUAAAUUCGAUCUCUUCUGAUGAGUGCCGCGAGGGUCUUCUCAGCCUGUAAAUAGCGCGAUAGACUAAAUAAUAUAAAUAUGUAUACAUACGUAUAAAUACGUGAUAAUAAUUAUUAUGCACCGGUAGAGAAGCUUAGAUUUGUGAUAGUGGACACAUGCGAGCGGUGCGCCACCUGCCGCCGCCCGCGACGUGAGGUUGACAACUCGCAAACGACGUCGACGCUGCGCCUGCGCCGACCGACCGACAAUACUAGGUGCUAUACAAGUUGGACCUUGCGACAUGUUGCUGUAGUUCUUAUUGGAGGUGGUUAAACGAAGUGAUUUGAUUCAAAAAUAGGUAUUAAUAUGUGUUAAGUUUCUUAUAGAUAAACAACACUGUUUUAGAUUAUUAUUUGUACGUAGUGUAAAUUAUUAUUUCAAAUGUUCUACUUAUAUUUAGUGCCUAAUUACGUCCAGUGUUUCUAUUGUUUGAUAGUUUCUUGAAAUAUCUAACAUUCGAAUUUUAAUAUUUAUUGAUACGAGGUCAGUAGAAUAACGAGUCGUUAAUGUAAGUUUUUUAUCUACAAUAUAUCAAUAUUAUAUCAGAUUUAUUGAGGAUUUCGGAAAAUCUGUAUAGCUUUUCUAGUCAGAAGACUAUGAUUGUCUGUGUUAAACAUUAAUGAAAUUACAUAACUGUAUCUUAAUAUUCAAUUAACACUUUAGUUAUUAAAUGAUUUCCGUUUGAGUGGGGCUGAUGUGACACAAGUCGAUAAUACAACAAAACAGUAAUUACCACACAGCAAGUCAUGAAGCAUAGAUCGUGUAUUAGUACUUGGUCUGAUAGUCACAGAAUAUUCACAUUAAAUUGUAAAGUCAAAAGUUUUUAGCCACGUGGGACCAACGAAACGUGAAAUGCGGAAGAGAGUCGAGUUUCCUGCGAAAUUAAAAUAAUUAGACUCCAAAUAAAAGUUGCUCGCGGUCAUAGUAUCUACAUAAUUGUAGACAAUUUAUUGUCACAAUUAAAAUAUCUAGCAUUAAUUUUAACUUUUGUUUGCGUACUCCAGCACAUAUAAAAGUUGAACAAACCGUGUUUGAGUUACAUACGCAUAACUAGGUACCUUAUUUCCAUUUCAUAUCGUGCCAACUUUUCCUAUUAUUAUAACUAUUUUAAUAAUUUUUUUGGUUACUAAUAAUUUUAUGCAUUUAUAUUCGUGCUUUCGAUUGUAUUAAUAGGUUAAAGUAUUUUAGAAGAAUUUGUGCCUAGUUUAAAAAUAACAAUAUUUAAUUAUUGAGGUAAGUUUAGUGGCGUAUUGUUGAAGGAAAUUAUUAAUUUCAAGUAUUUUUCGUUAUGAGUAAGGCACCGGCACGCCAAAUACUGUUUUCUUUUUAAUUCAGUACUAUUGACAUUUUAUUUUAGAAAUAUUAAUGUUUAACACGAGUUAAAGUAGGAACGCAGACAUAAAUAGAUCUGAAAUUAUUUAAAAGUUGAAUCAUAAAAUAAUAUUCUCCAACCGUUAUGAGUAAAGAAUAAUUAAAUAAAGAAGGUAGCCACUGUUGACAGGUUUUCGUGACUUUUUAACGCAAAAAUAUGUUUUGACAAGACAAAAAUUUGCGAAAAAACAUCGUACGCUAAUGUAAACACAAUCCAAUAUCGCUUGUGGCAAUUUCCAGCCUUGUUCAAAACGGAAAUUUGUCUCAUCAUAAACAUUUACGCAACAUUCGUCUUCGUAGCAAUUCGGCAUAAAUACAAAUGGCCUUGUAUGAGUGUAAACUUUAAAAGAAUGUAAAUUUACAUCGUCGAUUUGUUUCUAAGCAUUGUAUAAUUUCUUUUUUCAAUAUUCUAGAGACUGAAAGUCCAAAAUUGAGUCUAUAGUUUUGUACAUACGUCACUGUUGUAAUAUUGUAAUAAUAACGUGAGUAUUUAAGAAAGGUAAAUGCAAUAAAUUUUCUGUAUUAGAAAUCCUUUUGAUGUAAAUAAAACGCGGAUGGAAGACGUUGAUCUUCAAAGUAGUUAUUAACGAGAAUAAUAUAUAUUCGAAUUUAGACGAUACACGAAUAUGUAUUGAUGGCAAUGUAUAUUUUCAUUAAACAAAAAUAUUUACAUUUUAAAUUCACAUUAACUUUAAUGUCAACAACUUAACUGUAAUUGUAGAGCGUUGGUGUCUUUGAACAUGUAGAGUCAGAUAUAUUUCUAAUAUAAAUGGGUUAAGUUAAACAAAUAAUUGAUGUUAAAAUAUUACAUGUUGUAUCAUUUUGUUAGCUUCGAACGUCUUUUAACCGUUUUCCCAAAAAGGUGUGUGAAUAGAUGCAAUAAAAUUUAAUACAGAAAGAU